UCUCCACUCCGGCCGCUGGCGUUCUCACACUGCUUGCACGUACUGUGUUCGUUCGCAUUGCAUGCCAGCUCACAGGUGACGAGUCGCUCGGUAGUGAGUCCGCGAGCGCCUUUGACGCUGUUCAGAGUGAGUUCAUUCUGGAAGCGAGUGUUGAAGCACGCUGAAGAGCGGACAGUUCGUCGUCGUUCGCGUGUCGCUACGUGUGAAAGGUCUGUUCGUUGACGGUUCGUAGAUCGUCAGCGGUGCAAGUCGCUGGGUGUGCGCGUGCGAUUCCACGAACACGCAGAUAACGGCAGAAGCAGAGGAGGAGGAAGAGGUAGGAGAGGGAGAGAAGAAAAGAAGAGGAGGGGUGGCGGAAGAAGAAGAAGAAGAAGAAGAAGAAGACGAAGAGAAAGUAAAAGUAGAAACGUGAAGAGUCGCACCGACGGGUCAGAGUUGCAGAAAGUUGCAGUGCGUCGCGGGAAUUGCUGAGAGUUGCAGAGAGUUGCCGCGGUUAGGAACGCUUCACCAAACUCCCCUCAACUUACCCCGUCGUGACUACCUGUCUGUCUGUCUGUCCGUCUGUCCGUCUAUCUGUCUGUCUGCCUGUCCGUCUAUCUAUCUGUCUGUCUAUAUGUCUGUCUGCCGAUCUGUCUGUCUGUCUGACUGCCAGUUGGUGUUCCGCUUUGCUCACUGUGUGCGCUGUUACCGUAUGCCCGACGGAUUGCUGCCGAUGGUAUUGUGUUAAACAUCGGAUCAACGCUAUUGUUUGAAGGGUUUUUUCGCGCUCUCGCUCUUCGAUAAACGAUCCGCCAGCGAAGCGUAGUCGAACGGACGCGACUUCCGAGUUGGCGCGGACACAAUCGCUUGACGGAUGAGCUACGCUCUACAAACUGCCAGCGUCAAUGUCGUCGGAGAAGUGAAAUGAUCGCGGCCGAACGACAAUAGCCCGUGCCUUGUCGUGCCGUGCUGUGUGUGCGUGCGCCAGAGGCGCUUAAUUUUUUUGGUGCUCGCGACAAUACGUUUCGCGCUAUACCGUCGUGUUGCGCAGUUGUGUGGUAGGCUAUACCUUACGGUUUUGUGAGCUUGUAUGUGAGCUCGAUAUACGUGCUAUACGGGGUACGCGUGCCUUGUGUGGGCGGUGAGAUAGCCACGUGUCGGCGAUCAGUGUGAACUAUAGUGACGGUGACGAAGCAAACCUGAGAUCGCUAGCGAUCAAACUUUCCCGUUUGCGUCCGGUGACGCAGCGAGAAGGGGAAAAACAGAGAGAUCGAGGAGACACACACACAGAUAGAGAUAAUUAUAAUUUGGAAGGAGGACAUCUCGGACGGGCGCAGAGAAAUUCCAGCACGGGCCGUGGUAGAAUUGUGAUUGCGUUUGGACCAUCUACGCGUAUUACAAUCCUUGGAAUCACUUGAGAUCGCAGCCUCCAGCUGCACUGCAACAUCCACUGCCCCAGCAUCAGGAUGAUGCUGUGUACCUGCAUGUACCACGUGCAUGGCUAUCAUCCGGCCAUGCAUUUCCGAACCGCGCCGGGUUCAGUCAGUCAGGAUCACCAGAGGUAUGGCGGCGACAGGCCUCGCCUCAACCACCAUCUAUCUUUCCUGAAGUCACAUAAACCACGACCGGAGUCAGCGAAGACGACGAGGCACCACUCCGACGUAACGUCACUGCCAAAGAUAGCGAGUGACGUAGGACCGCUGAGGCACGCGGAGAGCACGAGCGUGCUGCCGAGUCACGUGCGCGGCCGCAGCAGCGCCAUCACCGACGAGAACUGGAACAACAGCAUGGUGAACUCUCACCUCUCCCCUCGGCCUCGCAGCAGCGUCCGCAGCCCACGACCUAUGACCCCAACAGAGGCGUUGAAGAGGUACGGGCACCGGUUAACGCCAUACGAGCAAGGUGAAAUACUAGACUACCCCGAGAUAUGGUACCUAGGCCUUGACUCGAAAAAGAUACAAGGCACAAGCAAUAAUGCAAACCACGGCUUUGACGACGAAAACGGCUCUUACAUUAAGGUGCUUAAUGAUCACGUAGCAUACAGGUAUGAGAUCCUGGAAGUGAUAGGCAAGGGCUCGUUUGGACAGGUGGUGCGAGCGUUCGACCACAUGACUGGUGAGGAAGUGGCCAUCAAAAUGAUACGCAACAAGAAAAGAUUUCACCACCAGGCGGCCGUGGAAGUGAAGAUACUGGAUCUCCUGAGAAGGAAAGACAAGGAGAAUAUCUACAACAUUAUCCACAUGAGUGAUCAUUUAGUAUUCAGAAAUCAUCUAUGUAUCACAUUUGAACUCAUGGGGAGCAACUUGUAUGAGGUGAUCAAGAAGAACAAUUUCCAGGGCUUUAGCCUGGCUUCUAUACGCAGGAUAGCUUUUUCCCUGCUCCAGUGCCUGCGUCUACUCUACCGUGAACGUAUUAUCCACUGUGAUCUCAAACCUGAAAACAUUCUACUCAAGUCGAAGAGUUCAACGUCUAUCAAAGUCAUCGAUUUUGGUUCCAGCUGCUAUGACCAUCUCAGAGUGUACACGUACAUACAGAGUAGGUUCUACCGAUCGCCCGAAGUCAUACUAGGACUGCCCUACAGCAUGGCCAUCGACAUGUGGUCACUUGGCUGCAUACUCGCUGAGAUGUACACGGGUUACCCGCUCUUUCCUGGAGAGAAUGAGCUUGAGCAGCUAGCGUGCAUCAUGGAGAUCUUUGGCCUUCCUCCCGGCAGCCUCCUACAGCAAGCAACACGUAGGAGAUUUUUCUUUGACUCCAAGGGAAACCCACGUUGUAUAACGAAUAGCAAGGGAAAACGACGGAGACCAAACACACGGGACCUUGCAUCUGUGCUGCGAGUUAAUGACCCGCACUUUGUUGACUUCAUUCGUCGCUGCCUAGAGUGGGAGCCGGGUGCACGCUUGACACCUGAGGAGGCCAUCCGUCACCCGUUCAUCACGCAGGAGUCGAGCAGCCGACACGGUACGCCGCAGACGACGCCGACGCAGAACAGGCAUCAUCGCAGCAGCACCGUCAGCACGGCGUCGUCGUCCGACAACUCACACAACUCCGAAAACUCGCGAAGUAGGGACGACAUCUCGAUGCGACUGCGAUCAAAGACGCGGGAUAGAGAGAGAUUGCAACCGAUAGGCGCACCGGACCCUAACUACAUCAUCGACGAGUCGUCUCGGGUGCAUCGCAUGAGCAUGUCUUCCACGAGCAUAACAAGCCGAGGCGAACCGCUCGAGGGCGAGAAAUUCUUGCCUCCGAUACUAUAGAGCAGCAGUCCGAAAGAGUCACCAGGUGCCUCCACCGCUCAAAGCAUGCAUGCCAACAGUUCGAUGUCAGCGAACAGGUGGAAACCUAGUGACCCUACACCUUCGCGCACGUGUGUGAAGGGGAGACAUGGACCCCGCUUGGACAUCUCUACAGGCACAGAUGCACGGCGAGCUGCCCCCGUUUGUGUUCGGCCAGCUUAUUUCUCUCAGGUGCCAUGAGUUGCGAAGUUGGUACAUAUUGAACAUGGUGUUCAUAUCCGUGCGCUGCUGGAACAGCGAUGUCACUCGUUGUAAUAACCCUCUACGCCAGUCCCUUGAUCAGUAAUCGCGGUGCUUGAACGGCUGGAAGGUCUUCCGAAACCAGUAGCGAACGCUGUCAGAUGGUACAACAUCAGCAUGAGGUUUUUUUUACAUAAAGUGGUCAGGGACAAGGGAAGUAAUGACUAAACUACGUGCGACGAGUUUGUUGGUACUACUACUAGUCGGACCGGUUGCUCAGCAAUCGAUGUAAAACUGCUGCCUACUCACACUUGUGUUCAUGUUUUCUUUUUGUAAUUAUAUAUAUAUAUAUAUAUAUAUAUAUAUAUAUAUAUAUGUAUGUAUAUUCAUAUAUUACCAAGGAAUAUGCAUACAUACUCUAAGUACACGUGGGGAGUGGUGGACCCAUAUCUGCACUGCCCGUGAGAAUGGGUCACAUCGGCUUUGCUGAUAAUGCCCCAAGCUUUGCAUUUGUCGCGUUGCAUUUUGGUUGGUGGUGCUUGUAUCUUGCCACAGAUCGUGACCAAAGUCUGUAGUUUAGUGAGACAAUGACGCAACUGUGGGUUGGGCUAGUUUGUACUAGCGUUUUCUAUGGGCUUAUAUAGUUUAUUUAUAUAUGAACUCCAUAAAAUGUUAUGCCAUUAGUCCUAUAAUUUUAUCCAUGCAUACGGAUGAAUUCUAUGCUGUUGAUUGCAUGACAAAAUUAUGCUGUUCUUGUUUCAAUACAGUUGGAGGCAUAUGCUAGUAUAACUAUAAUAGUUUAUCAAUGAAGACGUGGUGUUAUGUCGCAUUAUUUUUAGGAAGUGAUAUGCAUGACGCAAACGGGCCAGAGAAUGAAGUUUCUACAGUUAUGAUAUUUCUUACUUUUGGAUGACCUGUUUCAUUGCUCAGUUGUGAUAACAACAUUGCAAAUUUGAAUUAUGUUUGUUUAUCACCUAAUCUGAUGUAGAGGUUUCAAAUGACAGGGUUCCAUAUAUGUUGAUAUAUAAUUAUAUAUGUGCGUGUGUAUAUAGGUGUGCAUGUGUAUCAGUAUGUACACUAGUACAAUGACACAGUAUAUAGAGAACUCAUUGGCAAUGUUCUAUUGUACGCAACGUCUGCGAACAGGAGAAAUGUAAAUUUCAAGGUUCCAAUAUAACGGAACGUUGCGUAAAGGAUUACCUAUAAUCGCGGUAACUUGUUGCGACAGUUAGUUUGAUUGUGUUUUAUUCGUGACAACGGUUUUCAUCCGUUAUCUGUAAAAUAUCAACGUUAUAUAGAAAAACGAAUCUCUUUGUGAAAGAGUCUCGCAUGACUUUAUUAUAUUAACCAUAUGCACAGGUUGUACAUAUUUUACUGCCAUGGAAUAUGACACUUUGCAUGUAAAUAUUUUAUCUUGUGGCUUUUUAGACGUUGUGCCAUGUGUUAUGCCGUUCAUAUGCUAUUAUCUUAUAUUCACUGUUGGUACUCGGUUUUGCUUCAACUUGCCUCCAGACAUAACACACCCACAUGACAAAAAACCUUAGUGAAUUCGCUUUUAUAGUCAAAGCUUUAUGAUUUUAGAGACAGCCAAUGAAUCUGGUGUAGUAGGCCAUGUAUUUUAACCAUCACUCACUGGUUCACUUUAUAUUCGUUCCCAUGCUUUUUACGUGCAUUUGUCAGUGAUUUGUGUAGCAUUUAACUGCGAAUAUUAAAAUAAAUUUUUCAGUCAUAAACGAAAAA